UGAAAUAUCUUAAUCGCUAAGAUUGAGAUAAAAUAAUUUAAUAGUUGCAAUCUAGAAUGUACAUGAGCUAGAAUUUGGAAUCGAUUCUGACUUAAAUUUUUUUUGGGUGUGUGCGGAUAAAUGCUUGAUCCUCAAUUGAUUAUUCAGUUUCCAUAUAAAUUCGAAUUCUGCGGAUGAUUCCAUUUCUUAGUAGAGAGAUUCUCUCACUCUCCGUUUCUCUAAAUUGAUCCAUUCCUUAACCUGUGGUGUUUCGUUUCUAUUUCUUUCGCUUUCCGAUCGAUUCCUCUUUUCCUUCGAUCUUCCAAUACUUCCGAUUCUCACCCAUUCAUGUAAUUUUCGUAUUAUCCCUCAUUUUUACUGAAUUUCCGAUUUGAUUUUACCCCUAAUUCCGUGGAAAUCGGGUUUCGAUUUGAUCAUCUGGGUAUUAAAUUUUGUUCUGGGGUUUCGAUUUGUUCAUCUGGAUAUUAGAAUUUUCUUCUGGUGUUCUUGCGAUGAAGAUCGUGGAAUUGGAAGAUGCUGGGAAUGAUCGGGAAAAUGGAAUGGGUAGCGAUCAGAUUGUGAAGGUCGAUGCCAAAAGAGCGUUGGUUGGGGCUGGGGCUCGAAUCCUGUUUUACCCUACCCUUCUGUAUAACGUUCUUCGGAAUAAAAUGGAGGCUGAAUUCAGAUGGUGGGAUGAAAUCGAUCAG